CUCUACUGUAACAGCUGCAAAUUGGUUGGGAACAACCAAGCUAGGUUGGCAAGGGUGGCCAACUUGGAUGGAUUGGUUGGGAAGGGACAAAGGUCAAAGUUGAGGUUCCUAUAGGAAGGGAAUCUUUGUGCUUAUGGGGUUUCCUUGUGGUGUUCUAAAGGUUGGAUGUGUCUUCCGCUAAGGGGAAACUCUGCCGAAAUUUCGUGGACGCCGACACUUGUGAAAAUAUCGAGGGAGCUGAGUGUGGACAGCAAAGGGGAGCUGCAAUUCGUCAUUUCUCAAGGAGAAGAUGAAUGAGAGAGGAGGAGAUGCUAAUGGAAGAGGAGCUGUAGCUGAGAAGACAAGUGAGCCGCCGCCAUCAAAAGUUGAAGCUUUGGAUGGCUCCAACUAUGAGGAAUGGAGCGGACGGAUGAGGAAUGAGUUGCAGCAGCCUUCAAGACAGGUGGAGGUUGCAGUGUCAGAGGAGGAGAUGUCUGGGGUGACUGAGGAAGGGGGAGCAGCUGAGGUGGAGCAGCAGCAGCAGCAUGAAUCUCCACCUCGAGUUCCACACCCGCCUGAGCGUCCUAGGAGGGAUGUGCGCCCUCCUGUGAGGCUGACCUAUGGGGGAAGAGGCAAGCCGAAUGUGGUGCAGGCUGGGAGUGUGGUUGAGCAGAUUGAGGAAGAUGAGAUCGCUCACUGCUACUGGGCACCAAUCCCUGAGUACAUGGCCUUACACCAUGGGGCCAAGGAAGUAGUGUGGCUAAGGCGUUUGUUGGAGGAGUUGGGAGUUGAUUCUUGAACUUUGAUUGAACUCUUGAGAUUGAG